AUGACCGACAUCCAUAAGCAAAUCAACUUAUUGGAGUCACGUGAUAGCAAGGUUUCUGAUGACGCCCGACAAGCACUAUCACUUCAAAUCAACUUAGGCAAUGGAAUCUCUCAGCUCGUUCAUUAUUAUGGCAGAACUCAUUCCAAUCGAGCUCUUGAUCUUCUUUCAAAGAUUAGAGAGCCUCACGAUAAGACUUUCUUGGAUUCGCUCUCAGAUACCAUCAAAGAAAGAAGGAUUAUGGCAACAUUGGAUUUGCUAGGACAAAUAGUACAGACUGCACCCAGCUGGACGCCAAAGAUUGCUCUUCAUCCUGUAUUCAAAGCAAUUUUACAGCAUAGCGUAGCAACUAAAGAGUUGGAUGAGUGCAUUGGUGGACUUCUAUUCGUGACUGCCCUUCUGCCACAUUGUUCAUCGUUGCCAUUGGAUGUCCUCAAUGCAAUAUUCCACGCGUUUACGGAGGGUUGCCAAACUUAUCGAAUUAAGGUGCGUAAUUUCGCAUAG